UCUAAUGAAUUCCCCAAUUAUUCAGCUUCCCUUUGGCAGGCAACUUUACCCCCAAACUCUCUUCUCAUUUCUUCUGCUAUCUGCAGCAGCCAUCCUUCUCUUCAUCUCCUUCUACUUCAACAACUUCUUAGCUCCAUUCCAAGACAAAAUCCCAGUUCCUCCUUCCUCCACCCUGUCAACAUUGCUUCUGUUACCUAACACUUCUUCUUCUUCUUCUUCUGAUUCUGAGAAAGAAUGUGACAUAUCCAAAGGGGAAUGGAUCAGAGAUCCAAAAGAGCCAUAUUACAACAACAAGACAUGCUGGAUGAUACAGGAGCAUCAGAACUGCAUGAAGUAUGGUAGGCCAGACAUGGAGUUCUUGAAUUGGAGGUGGAAGCCGGAUGGCUGCGAGUUUCCAGCCUUCGAACCGCUCCAAUUUCUCGAGCUUAUGAGGGAGAAGUCCCUAGCCUUUGUGGGGGAUUCCCUUGCCAGGAACCAUAUGCAGUCACUCAUGUGCCUUUUGUCCAAGGUGGAAUACCCAAAAGACAUCUCCAAAACCUCCGAUGAGAACUUCAAGCGCAUGUUUUACACAAACUACAACUUCACCAUCUCUAUUUUCUGGUCUCCAUUCCUAAUAAGGGCCAUGGAAACUGAUCCACAAAGCUCAUCACGGGUUAACUACAUGUGGAACUUAUACUUGGACGAAAUAGACACUAAUUGGGCAACCCAAAUUGACGAGUUUGACUACUUGAUCAUAUCUGCAGGCAACUGGUUCACCCGACCAUCAUUGUUCUUUGAAAAAGGACAUUAUCGCCUUCGCAUUUCGAGAAUGGAGAGUGGAAUAAAGGAGGUAAUUGUGUAAGACAAAGGCCAUUUCAGCGUAAUGAGACGACAUUCGAGGGAUACGAGUUUGAGUUUUAUAAGGUUCAAAUGGAAGAGUUUAGGGUUGCAA